AUGAGUUUCCCCGAAGCUUGUCUUGUGCUCUGCACGACGGGACCUCUCCAAAGAGCUCAACCUCUUCCAACCACCACAUCCCCAGCUUCUGCAGGUGUAGCAGCAAUGCGCGGGCACUUACCGCUGAUAGGAGCUGCUCGAGGGGUGCGACGGCUUCACCGCCCUUACACCAAAAAUUUAGGUUGUCGAACUAUUCAAAUCAGCGCAACACCUACCUCAGAAACUCCAAUACUUGGAGGUGAUGCAUUAAGCAACUCAAUUGAAGCAUCAACAGAUCCUGCAGGUAUACCAUAGUUCCGUUCAAGUUUUCAGAGCAAUUCCUGACAAAAUUCAAUGUUUAGAUGCCAAAUUCGAGGUCCUUGGGGCGCCAUACUCUCUCCUCUCAGUCUCGCUAUCCGCUUCACAAAAAUUAUAUACAAGGAGGGGAACAUUAGUAGGACUCAGCGGGAAAUCCGAAAAUGUAUGGAAUAUCUAUGCCAGCUAGCAUAAUUCUAGCUAACAUAACGCAAGGCACAAUCCACCUUGUCCAUCCUAGAGCCCUUUCGGCGCGCCGCGCUCGGCAUACCUUUCCUUUAUCAGAAAAUCUCCUCAACCAGCCCAAUAACGGCUUUGAUUUCUACUAAAUCGCCGUUCACCUCUUUUACCGUGUUACAUCUGAAUGGGACCGUGGAUUGGAUGGUUGCGCAACGGAAGGCGCUUCUAGCUUGGACUGGCCAUACACUCUCCGUCUCGCCAACUGUAAACCGAGGGAUGAGUUUGGCACAUUGGGGCAAUACAGAAGUUACAGGCAGAGGUCUUGUAGCAUUAGCCGGGCCAGGGCAGAUAUACCAGGUCUCUUUGAAGCCAGGCGAGCAAUACGUAGCACACCCAGGAAAUGUUGUCGCAUAUACCAUUACACAACACCCACCUUUGCCAUACCAACUCAAGUCCUCAAGUGUGCGAUUCCAGGUCCCGGAUCUUGGAUUUACUUCUCUACUCUCAAAUAUCAAAUUUUUUCGGGUUAUGAAAGAAACAGAUGCAUGGCGGGGUAUCAUGAAGAUUCUCUUCACCCUCCGAACCGCCGCGCGAAGGUCUAUUUGGGGCGAUCGGUUGUUCCUACAAUUCCAUGGACCAGCCACAAUUUUAAUGUCCUCGAGGGCAUCUAGAAUUAGCGACGUUUUGACAUCAAGAGAUGUGAAUGAAAUUGCAGAUGCCCCUCCUGGGUCAGCACAAUCAGCAGUAACGCUUGAAAGGUCACAAGCGGCAGAAACGACAUCUGGAAAGCAAGCCAUCCACGUCCCAACUGGAUUUCACACAGCGGAAGUCAGCAGAUAUGGUAAGGUGAAAUUUGGUGAGGUUGAAGAUCUCAAACCAUUUUUAAAGUAG